GUACUUUCUAUCCUACGGUAUUCCGUGAGAUAUGAGAAAUUAUAUAUAGGUCCAAUUUAACACAUGAACCCAAUAUGGGCUUCAUUAUAAUUGACAUCAGAAUUCAUUCUCCUCAAUACUUAUCUCCAUAUACAUAAAAUCUAUUAAAAUAGGCCAAGAAGGGUCAACAAUGACGACAAUCGUGGAUAACGAAGCUGCGUGGCUUGAAUCAUUCAAAGGCUAUCCUUUAAAGGUUGGCCCAGGUCCCAAGCAAGAACCAGCAGAAGAUGAGAUCGUGAUUAAAGUCGCAUACGCGGCUGUGAACCCUCUUGACUGGAAACUUCAAGACGGAGACUCAUAUGAAAUGCCAUUUCCCAACAUCACCGGAGUUGAUAUUGCUGGGACUGUUGUGCAACUCGGUUCCAAAGUGACCCGGUUUCAAUUGGGGCAGAGAGUGCUUGGGCUAUGUAACGGUUUAAUUGUGCGCAAAACGGCAAACUGUGGAUGGCAAAAGUACAGCACCUGCCCCGAAAUUCAUGUAUCAGCAAUUCCCGACUCUCUACCCUUGGCAAAUGCCUCUGUGUUACCAUUAUCCAUUUCUACAGCAGCAGUGGGUCUAUUUAUAGAACUUCAACUGGAACUGCCGUCUUUGGAUCCCAAACCUACCGGAAAAACCGUUUUCAUCUGGGGUGGAAGCUCAUCAUGCGGCAGCUCGGCGAUUCAACUCGCUAUUGCUGCUGGCUACCAAGUUGCCACGACUGCUAGCCCAGCCAAUUUCGAGUACGUGAAAGAUCUAGGCGCAUCGUACGUGUUUGAUCACAGAAACCCCAAAAUUGUCGGAGAAGUUCUCAAGGUUCUGAAACCUGGUGAUUAUGUUUUCGACUGUAUCUCUACUGCAGAGACAUUGAAGCCCUGCGGUGAAAUCUUGGGCAAGAUUGGGGGAGGCAGGCUUGCUGUUUUAAAUACACCAGAAGGCUCAUUUAUGGAUAAUAUUGAACCACGUCGCGUAUGGGUUUGGCAACCUGCCCUGUUAGAAUCAGAUCUUGGCGAUACCAUAUUGCGGAAAUAUCUACCAGCAGCCUUGGCCGCUGGGAAAUUGAAAGCAAAGCCAGACCCAAUGAUUAUUGAGGGUGGGCUGGAGAAGGUUCAAGAGGGUAUUGACCUGCAGAGAGUGGGAGUAUCAGCCAAGAAGAUUGUCAUCGAGAUUGCUAAAGAAUAGUUAUGAGUGUCUGGUCUAGAAUGUUGAUGGAUAGCAAAUUCUUGUAAACCUGCCGCUCCGUAUGUUCUGUUGAUUGUUGUUGGUGUCAUAUUUUAGUCUUCCACCUCCUACCUCCGGCCAGGGGAGACAUGAAGGCUUACAUACGUAUGUAGAAAAGGGGUGCUAGGGCUGAAGUUAGCGAGGGCAUCCAAUCAAGUGCGUGGGCAGCUGCAAACCAUUUUGGAGAAGAGGCAAGGAGAACAUCA